AUGGAUCAUUCCAAUGUUGUUACACCACUGGCUCCACUUUCAAUUCAGGAGCGCCCGCACAAAAGGAAACCUCAAUCUUCCCCAGUUGGUCAAAUUAGCUGUCUCGCUGAUGCUGUAAAAAGUUUGACUGCGGAUGCCUCUCUUCCUACGCAUGUCAAGACGAUACUGAUUCAUCUUCUCGAGAAGAGUAAUGAAACUGAGAUUUUGAUCGAACGCAACAGGAAAUUAGAGGAAACGGUGCAACUCCAAAAAGCAGAGAAUGAGCGUCUUAAAAGAGAAUUAGACAAACUGAGGAAUUGUUUAGACAAAUCCAGUCCACAAAUUGUUCCUAAUGAUUCGAAUAUUACUUCUUCUCAUACAUCGUUAGAUUGUUGUGCAGAACAUGAACGGAUUAGUUAUAAGGAAUCUGUACCUACAUCGGGUAUGAAAUUAUUAGCUGUAGAUUUCGUUUCCAUCAGGUGUUCUUAA